CUUUAUUUAAACUCCCCUCUGUAGAGAAAGAGUCUGUGGAGCCAGUGAAGGUGUUAAGGCAUGAGAAAGGACAUCGUAGGGUUUGUGGUUUGGGGAGAUGACGUUGGUAACCUGUGGUUGAUGAACUGAGGGAUGGCGGGGGAUCGGAGAGGUGAGUUUGGAAGCUCCUGCAGUGGUCCAGAAAAAGAGAGGAUGAGGAUGUGGAUACAGGCAGAGGCAAGAGGUUGGGAAGAAGAAGAAAGAGUAAAGAAAAAUAUUGGAGGUAGAAUAGUCAGGACUUGUCAUCAGAAGCAGGAAUUGAGGGACAGAGAGGGGUGAGGCCCUGCCCGGGGCCACAGAGCUCAUAGGUGGCAGAGCUGGCUUGAUCCAGCGCCCUCUCUUCUUCAUGGCACGGCCUCUUGGGCAUCAGGAAGCCCCCAGGUCUGCGUCUCCCAGCUGGGCCACACCUUGGAGGGCUGUCACAUCUCUGAGUCACCAGGGACCGUUCCAGCUCCGGGGACUUUGGGUAAACACAGCAGACAUUAACGGAACAUGGUUUGUUAUGAGAUGUAGAGGCUUCCGUGUUUUUCUUUCCAUCCUAAAUAAACAGCAAGGAUGCUAUGAGCCCCCAGAAGGGGAGGUGAAAAUUCCUUUUCCCUGGGAUUUUCCACAGCUUUGCGGUGAGGAUGAGGGCCUUCCCACGUGCUCGGGGAGCGGGCUGCAUGUUCUGACCUUUCCCCCAGAGCUGUGUUUACUUUCAGAGAACUCAGGAAGGGCCUACAGAUACUGCCUUUCUCAGGGCACUUGGCAGACGCUGGCGAACUCCACAGAUAUUUGGCAGGACAACUCCGAAUGCGCCGAGGACCACAGCUUCCGACAAAAAGUGGAACACCGCGCCUUGCUGUCGACCUUGCAGCUGUUGUACACUGUGGGGUACUCCCUCUCCAUCGUCUCCCUCUUCCUGGCUCUCACCCUCCUCUUGUUUCUUCGAAAACUCCACUGCACACGCAACUAUAUCCACAUGAACUUGUUUGCCUCUUUCAUCCUGAGAGCGCUGGCUGUGCUGGUGAAAGACGUCAUCUUCUACAACUCUUACUCUAAGAGGCCCGACAGUGAGAAAGAGUGGAUGUCCUACGUGUCAGAGGUGUCCACUUCCUGCCGCUCGGCGCAGGUUCUCCUGCACUACUUCGUGGGUGCCAAUUACUCAUGGCUGCUGGUUGAAGGCCUUUACCUCCACACGCUCCUGGAGCCCAUAGUGCUUUCAGAAAGGCGGCUGUGGCCCAGAUACCUGCUGGUGGGUUGGGCUUUCCCGGUGCUCUUUGUUGCACCCUGGAGCAUCGCCCGUGCUCAGCUGGAGAACACAGGAUGCUGGGGAACCAACAGGAAUAAGAAUAUCUGGUGGAUCAUCCGAGGACCCAUGCUGCUCUGUGUAACGGUCAAUUUCUUCAUCUUCUUGAAAAUUCUCAAGCUUCUCAUUUCUAAGCUCAAAGCUCAUCAAAUGUGCUUCAGAGAUUAUAAAUACAGAUUGGCCAAGUCCACGCUGGUCCUCAUUCCGUUAUUGGGUGUUCAUGAGAUUCUCUUCUCUUGCAUCACUGACGAUCAAGUUGAAGGAUUUCCAAGAUAUAUACGACUCUUCGUUCAGUUGACCCUGAGCUCCUUCCACGGACUGCUUGUGGCCUUGCAGUAUUGCUUUGCCAAUGGAGAGGUGAAGGCCGAGCUGCGGAAGCAGUGGGCCCGCUUUUUGCUAGCCCACCACUCGGGCUGCAGAGCCUGGGUCCUGGGGAAGAACUUCCGAUUACUAGAGAAAUGUCCCAAGAAGCUCUCGGAGGGGACCGGCUCCGGCAAGCUGCAGAAGGCGCCGCCCUCGCCCCAUGGUGGCCAGCUCCUGCACUUGACUGCGGAGGGCCUGGGGGUGGCGGGCACCCUGCCCCGCCAAGGCCACGCAGCCUGGCCCCGGGGCGGCAGCGUGUCGGAGAGCAGCGAGGGGGACUUCACCCUGGUCCACACCAUGGAGGAGAUUCUCGAGGAGAGCGAGAUCUAGGCAGGAGCCCACCUCUGGCUCCGCUCCCUGGGGACUCCUGAGACGGGCGAGGGAGGAGGCGGCCAAGCUGCACGUUGCUGACCUUGCGGGUGCAAAGUCAGCCCAUUUCCCGCGCACCCCGCCCACUCCGAAGUGACGUCGCCCCUCCCACUCCGACGUGACGUCACCCCGCCUACUUUGGACGUCUCUUUCAGGCUUGUCCUGCUCUGUACGACAGAGGCUGCGUACACUCACCGCCUCUGCGUGCCCUGUCAUCCUCAUCACCCCCG